AACUAAUAUUCCACCAUUACCAAUCCUUUCUAAAGUAGCCACCAAUAAUGUAUAUGGAAUAAUUUGAUCUCUAUCUCCUUAAUUAAGAUAAUUUUGUCAAUCCCUUAGUGCAGUUUCUCGGCCGCCAUGCAUCACCAGCAACUAAAAUUAAAGUUUUUGCACAAAGUGAAUGCCUUUUUCAGGCUAUAAAUUAAGCCUUGAUCAUUAGAUUUUGGGAAUCCUUCAUCUAAUUAUCACUUAGUUUACAAUCGUGUCUGUGCCAGCUUGCAAAGUUGUGUGAGAGCAUUAGACAUGGAAACCUCGAGCCGCAGAUUAAAGGUUCUUGCUUUGCUUAUGGUCGUUUUUCUCAUGCUGUGUGGAGCCACAAGGUCGCAGUUAACUGUGGAUUUCUAUAAGAGUUCUUGCCCCAACCUUCUCAAAAUUGUGAGGAGAGAAGUAAUAAAUGCUCUAAAGAGUGAGAUGCGAAUGGCCGCUUCCCUUCUCCGCCUCCACUUCCACGACUGCUUUGUUAACGGUUGCGACGGAUCGGUGCUGCUGGAUGGAAGUGAUGGGGAGCAAUUUGCACUUCCAAACAUAAAUUCUCUUAGAGGGCUCGAUGUAGUGGAUAGAAUCAAAGCCGCAGUGGAAAAUUCUUGUAGCGGAGUGGUAUCAUGCGCUGAUAUAUUAACCAUAGCUGCCAGAGACUCUGUGCUCUUGAGUGGAGGACCAACAUGGAGGGUUUUGUUGGGGAGAAGAGAUGGAUUGGUACCCAACAAAACAGGAGCGGAUCAAGGACUGCCCGCCCCAUUCGAAAACCUUGAUGGUAUUGUUAACAAGUUCACCGAUGUUGGCCUAGAUCUCACAGACGUCGUUGCUUUAUCUGGAGCUCAUACGAUUGGAAUGGCAAGGUGCGCGAUGUUCACAGACAGAUUGUUCAACUUCUCAUCAAGUGGGUCACCAGAUCCCACCAUGGAGACCACAAUGUUAUCCGAUCUGCAAGCUCUGUGCCCUCUCACCGACGACGGCAACAAGACUACAGUUCUUGACAGAAACUCAACCGAUUUAUUCGACAACCAUUACUACAAGAACUUGCUCAACCAAAAGGGCCUCUUGGGCUCCGACCAAAUUCUGUUUUCGAGCACUGCAGCCCAAACUACCUCAAGAACCUUGGUUGAAGCUUAUAGCUCAAACACCACGCUUUUCUUCAAGGACUUUGUGAAAGCCAUGAUCAAGAUGGGAAAUAUCAGCCCACUCACAGGGGCUAAUGGACAGAUCCGCAAGAACUGCAGAGUCAUUAAUUCCUAAUUAAGAAUAGUAUUAUAGAUUAUAUAUAUUGUAUGAAUAAAUUACAUACAUAUGCAUGAUAAUUUAUAGGGUUUGUUACGUAUUUGGCCCAGAGUAUCAAGUAACGCACAUAUUUUCCAACCUAUAAAAGAAAAGUAAUGUCUUCACCAAUGGGAAUCUGAAUUUUACUGAUCAAAUAAAAACAAAAUUUUUUGGGUUCAAUGA